AGGGACUCGCGUAGGGACUCGCAUAGCAGGGACUCGCAUAGCAGGGACUCGCAUAGCAGAGACUCCCAUGGCAGACACUCCUUUAGGGAGUCAGUCAGCAGUGAGUCCUUUAGCCAUUUGACUCUGGGAGAGGAAGAGGAGGAGGAUGAUGGAGAAGAAGAGGAGGAGGAGGAGAGAAGAGAGGAGCGCAGCGGCAACACAGAGGAGGUGGAGCAGGUGCUGCAGGAGGCUCAGGAGGUGCGACGGGAGAUCCAACUGCUGAAACUUGACGUCAAGCGUCUGCGUGAUCAGAACGCGCGGCUCCUGAGUAACCCCUGCGCCACCUCUGAAGGUCAUCAGGAUGCCAACGCCAUCGGGCAGGAGAUUAAGACACGCGGAGAGGAGGUGCUGGGUCGUCUUCGUCAAAUGGAUGAGCGUUCUCGGCGGCGAGAGGAGGAGCUCGGUGUGAACGCGGUGGCGGCGCGAAUCGGCCGAACGCAGUACGUCUGCCUUAGCAACGGUUUCCGAGACGCCAUGAGGGACUACCAGCAGGCGGAGACGAGUCAUCGCGAGGCGUGCUCCAAUCACAUCCGGCGCCAGAUGGAGAUCGUAGGCCGCGACCUGUCGUCCGAGCAGCUGGACGAUAUGAUGGAGAGCGGACAGUGGAACGUCUUUGCUGAUAACCUGCUCACUGAGGGCAAGACCGCACGCACUGCCCUUAACCAGAUUGAGCGUCGGCACCAGGACCUUCUGGAUCUGGAACGGCGUAUCAGGAGUGUCCACGAGGUCUUUCUGGACGUGGCCAUGCUAUUGGAGGAGCAGGGUGCCAUGGCAACAAGCAUCCAGCUGACUGUUGAGCAAACCGAGGUUGCUACAGGAGACGCUGUCGCCAAGAUCGAGUCGGCCAAGAAAUACGACCGCAAAAACCCCUUGAAGAAGUUAAUGUUCUGGAGACGCUAACACAAACACACACACACACGACAGCAGAAACCCUAUCAAGAAGCUCAUAUUUUGUCAUGUAUGCGUGCAGUG